UCUCCCUUGGUGUUGCUGCCGGUGCGGAGGGGGACGCAAGGAGCACCUUGCUGUCUGUGCGUGCACGAGUCUCUCUCUCUCUCUCUCUCUCUCUCUCUCUCCGUGUUUCUAUUCCCAACUGGCAGAUAUCAGUGUCUGGCGGGAUGACCGGCGCAUAGGCUGCCGUUCAGAGGGGUGAGGAGAAGAUUGAGGAAGGAGUAAAAACUCGUGCUCACAUUCACUCUAGUUUCUCCUGCCUCCGCAAAGUGCUGUUUUACCCUUGUUCCGUCGUUUGCCGUCUCCGCACCCACCGGGAAGCUCUGGAAAGCACCUGCACCGAGGCGCAAAGCUUUCAUUGACAUUCCUGAGGAUUGCACCAGUUAGUCUCAUCUGGGUCUGUUAGAUACGCAGGUUGAGGAUGAUGCUCAGUCAGUGUGCAGCUGGGCGGCAGACCUUUUUCACUCUGAUCCUGUGGCUGCUUCUCUCUCCAGACUUGAGUGCAGCCUCCACCACAGUGAACAUGCGUAGGAUUACUCAUCCUACAGUACAACACAUGCUUGGAGGCAAAGCUGUCCUCCCCUGUGUCUUCACCCUUCAGACCAGCUCCUCCAACCAGCCUCUACACCUCCAGUGGACUCGCACAACACCACCAGCAGGAGGGCAGGGUGCUCCUCUGGAGCAGAUUGUGCUCUCUGUUAAAGGUGAUGUAAUCAAGGUGAAUAAGGCUUUCAGCGGACGUGUCAUGCUGCCAGGAUUCUUUGCCAACCCUCUGAAUGCUAGCAUGCAGAUCUCCAGUCUCCGUACCAACGACUCAGGCACUUACCACUGUCAGGUUGUCAUGGGCAACGACUAUGAGAGAGACACUGUGGCCCUUGUGGUCUUGGGUGUGGUGUUUCACUACCAGGCUCCUAACACCCGUUACACCCUCUCAUUCACCGAUGCACAGCGAGCCUGCCAAGAAAACUCAGCUCAGAUUGCCACACCGGCUCAGCUCUGGGCAGCAUACCAUGGUGGCUUUGCUAGCUGUUCAGCUGGCUGGUUGGAUGACCAGACUGUCCGUUAUUCUGUCCAGUCACCAGAGCUUGGUUGCUAUGGACACAAGGAGUAUUCUGCAGGAGUGAGGAAUUAUGGGAAAAGAGACCCGAAAGAGCUGUUUGAUGUGUACUGCUUUGCUAAAGAACUGGAUGGUGAAGUGUUUCACUCCUCAGUCCCAGGCAGACUGUCGCUGUCAUCAGCCUCAGACCGAUGCGUGUCCCUUGGGGGCCAGCUGGCCACGGUAGGACAGCUUUAUCUGGCCUGGAAGGCUGGCCUGGACAGCUGCGCCCCAGGCUGGCUGUCAGAUGGCAGCAUCCGCUACCCAGUUGCCUGGAUGCGCCCAGAUUGUGAAGGGAGCCAACCAGGAAUCCGCACUGUCACACCCAACAUCACUGCUGACAACACUACAGCAUUAUAUGAUGCUUACUGCUACAGAGGUAAAGUGAAGAAUACAGGCUCCAUCUCUCAGAUCUACACGUCCCUGUGGAAGCCCUGGAGCUAUCUUACAGACUCAAGCAAUGCUGACUCUGCAGGGACAGACGUUUCCAACCUGACUACACAGCAAACUGCCACGCUCAGAGGAUCCUCAAAUGGCGACAAUGCUUCAAGUUCCAACUGGACAGGAUUGGUUGACCUUGAUGAAGAAACCUUCCCUCACAGUUCCUCCAUAGAUCCUUGGUCAUCAGAGUCUUCAGGGUCAUUUAUGACACUUCAGUUGAACCCAGAACAGAGCUCCUUUGACUGGGGAGAGCCACUAGAGCCUGGCCCUGACUCUGAAGAGUUUCUCCAACCUCCAGUUGACCCGACUCCUGCUGAGGAAAAGGCGAUCUCAAAGAUUGUCAAGUCAAUCUGGAAGCCUUGGGACUACCUGGUGGGGAAUGAAGAUGAAGAAGGAACCCAAAUACCAACUGGCAAUGCAGAGAAUGAAGAGAUUAUAACAAUAAAUUCUGACACCGUGUCAAAUCCCUCCACUGUAGCAUCACCAGGACUCUUUUCUUGGGGGAGCUCAUGGUUCAGCAAUCCCUCAAGGGAGAACACAGCAGCCAGUGAAGAUUCAACCACUCCUCUGGCUUCUGCUUUGGCUUCGUCCAGUAACUCUAUGACUACAGAGAGCACCAAGAGCUUGAAGAGCUUAGAAACACACACAUUCACCGCCUCCAGCCCUGCACCUGAAAUCACCUUUGCCAGCAGAGAAAGCUGGACCCAUGUUGAAGUUGAGACCACAACACAGCAGACUGAAAAGAGAGAGGAAACAGUGACCUCCAGAGCUAGCGGCAGAGGAAGAGGAAGGGGGAAGAAGAACAGAGGGGAGGACAGGAACAAAGGGGAAGUAAAGGGGAGAGGAGAGGAGAAGAGGAAAGCAGAAGAAGAAGGGAGUGGAGAAAUUACUGGUGCAGAAGCAAAAGGGGAGAUUCAAGUCUCACAUCGACCAGUUGGAACAAGUAAACCAAGAGAAAGAUCCAGAGAAAGAUCCAGAGAGAGGGGCCACAGGAGAGGACAGUCCACCACCACUACGACCACCCCCACCACCACCACCAGCAGUCCUCUGGAGACCACAGUGAUGACCACAGUAGAGACAGAUAGUGACUUAUCUACCAAACAUCAGUUCAGUUUGUCUGCAGAGAACUCUUCCCUGUCAAGCUCACCGGAACCACAUCAAACUUCUCCAUCUUCAUUACCAUCAAGCUCACCAUCAAUAUCCUCUUCUCAAUCAUCCCAGUCCGAGUUCCUUUUAGAAUCCCAAUCUUUCCAUCCAUCCUCAUCCCUUCCCUCCUCUCCAAACACUUCCUUACCUCCAUCUGAUUCCCAUACCCCAUCCCUCUCUUCCUCACUGCCACCAUCCCCUUCCAACACCCCGUUGCAAACUCAAACCACUGGAUUGGCUGCAUCUUCUUACACAAACACCCGAGACAACUCCACUGACUCCCUAACAUCACUUCACUGGGUUCCAGUGGAGAAAAUGGCCAUAAACGGCUCUCUGGAUGAUCCUCUGUCACAGCCUGGACAAACAGAAGAUGUAGAACCAGCUUGGUCUCAUGCAGUGGGUUCAGGGGCCCUUUUACCAGGUAAUGUGGAGGAAGAAGGCAAUGGAGGACGAGUCAACGUCAGUACCACAACUCUCAUUCCAACAGUUGAGGUGGAGCCCUGCGUGACAAACCCGUGUCUGCAUGGAGGAAAGUGUCUUCCUCAGGGAACGGGAUACAGCUGCUACUGUCCACAAGGAUACGCUGGAGAAAACUGUGAGAUUGACAUUGAUGACUGCCAGUCCGAGCCUUGUGAAAAUGGAGGGACUUGCAUUGAUAAAAUUGAUUCAUUCCUCUGUCUUUGCCUGCCAAGCUAUGGAGGAGACACUUGUGAGAAAGACAUUGAAGGUUGUGAGCAUGGCUGGAGGAAGUUUCAUGGCCACUGCUACAGGUACUUCACCCACAGACACACCUGGGAGGAUGCGGAGAAAGACUGCAGAGAGCACAGUGCCCACCUCACUAGUGUCCUCUCCAACUCUGAACAGGAGUUCAUCAAUGGUCUUGGUCAUGACAACGCCUGGAUUGGUCUCAACGAUCGCACUGUGGAGGAAGACUUCCAGUGGACUGAUGGCAAUGAUCUGGUAUAUGAGAACUGGAGGGAGAGCCAGCCAGACAACUUCUUUGCAGGCGGCGAGGACUGUGUGGUGACCAUUGCCCAUGAGGAUGGCAAGUGGAACGACGUGCCCUGCAACUACAACCUGCCCUACAUCUGCAGGAAAGGCACAGUGUUAUGUGGGACCCCGCCAGCAGUGGAAAAUGCCCAUUUGGUAGGUCGGCGGAGAUCACAUUAUGACAUCCAUUCAGUGGUGCGCUACCAGUGCUCCGAAGGCUUCUACCAGCGUCAUAUCCCCACUGCACGUUGCCGGGCCGACGGGAGCUGGGAGCGGCCCAGGAUCAUCUGCACAAAGUCUCGGCGCUCACACCGGUACCGACGCCACCACCACAGUCUGCACCAUGAACGCCGCAGAAACAGGAGACACGGAGGGGAAGGGCACAAAACCAGAGAGGAAACACACAGCUACUACUGAACCAAAUAAUACAUCUGCAAUGCCUAGGUGCUAACCGUGGCCCAUAAAGACAGACAGUAGUUCACAUAACUCCCAUCUAGUUUCCUGCUUCUCACCACUCUCCCUGCUUAGCUUUAUUCCUCCUUUUAAAUAAAAUCAUCUUCUUCUAAGAUAAAGCUUAUCCCAUAAUCCCAUCCCUGAUUUUGGUUGUUUCUUCUUUUAACUGAGGUCCAUGCGAACACUUACUGUUAAACUUACUCUUAACACCCUCCCUAACGUCUCGGUAGAGUAACGUCUCCACCUGCCUAACAAACGAUAACCCUCUCUUGGUCUGUCAGACUGACAGCAGUGUGUGAGUGUGUCUGAAUGCAUGCAUGUAAGACAGACAUUUAGAGAAGUAUCACUUUCUUUUGUAAAAUUUGCUGUUUUGACAUGAGAAAUAACUCCUAGUAUUCUGUUUACACAGACAGCUGUGAUACGAGAUAGCUUUCCAGCCCUGUCAACCCUGAGCUGCUUGUAUGUGUACUGUAAUUACUUUUUCCAUAGAACACCUGAGUAACUGGUCUACUGAUAUGCUUUUUUCUAAUAUUUGCUGUUUGUGUAAUGUUACUAUUUAUUAUGAAUAAUUUGUUAGUGAAUAUGCUUACUUUUUUACUUAUACUCCAGAGAGGCAAGGUAACAUCAUUUUUUCUAUACCAGUGUGUAAGUCCAACAGUCAGUCAGUAACAAAAUGUAGAAUUUCAUUGCCUCUAAUCUCUGUAUUGUACAUAUUGUGUUGUGUGUUCAUGGCUGAUGCCUGAUCAUUAGCUGGACCUUGUCUAAUCAGUUAGACUUACCCAAAUCCAUAAGGACUCUCUAAAACAAAUUUCCCAUUUAUUUAGACUGUGAGUGGGAUUCUAAAAUACGCUCUUGAGACGAACACUUGAUUGUAUCAGAUUUGGUAAACACCCUCAAUCUUUGCACGGGUGUAUUUACACAAUGUGUAGAAUGUCACUAUUUUUUGUCUUUGGUCCCUUUGAUAUUUGAUCAGUCAUCCACUUUUAUGUUGUUCUUAUGACUUUUUGUCCUGCUGUUGUAUUCCAUUCUUAAUAAAGUGAAUAAAAUGA